AUGAGUCCUGAGGAUGUGCCCCGACUUCUCCAGGGCAAGAUUUUCCAGAAUGUCUACAUGUGUGCUAAGUGUGGCUACGAGCUGUUCUCCAGCCGCUCCAAGCACGAGCACUUGUCGCCAUGGCCAGCCUUCACGGGGACCAUCCACGAUGAUAGCGUGGCCAAGUGGCCCCAACACAAUCAGCCUGAUGCCUUUACGACGGUGUCCUGCGGUAAAUGCGGCCAUGGGCUUGGCCACGAGUUCCUCAAUGAUGGCCCCAAGCGGGGGCAGUCCCGCUUACGAAUAUUCAGCAGCUCCCUGAAGUCCAUCCCUAAAGGCAACAAAUCUGCCUCUCAGGGGAAGUAA